AUGCGCCUGGCCGAGGCUCGUCUAGUCGCGGGUUGUUGUUGGUUUCAUCGACUGGAUGUCGGACAACUGGCGCUUUUGAUUGCGUUCUCCUUCACCGGCAGGAUAAGUGACUACGAUCAGGACGAGGUUGUGGACAAUCAACCGCACCCACCAGGUAAUGCUGCCGACCCUGCAGGAUCUAUUUCAAGCCAUCGACUGUGCUGGAGAGCGCGACUCAUCUGCACGCCAAGUGUCCCUGAAAUGGGGGGGCGGAAUGUUGGUGGCCUGAGUAGCCAUGGGCUUUUCACAAUGCCUUGUAGUUGUGUCAGGCGCGUAACUAGGACAGCCUACCCAAGUCGUGUAGACACAAUUGCUGAUCGUUGCCUGACUCAAAAGAGUUCUGGUAGUAGUAACCGGCAAUACCUCGAUGCGGGCCAUGUGCCUGUGCGCUUAAACCCACAGUUCGGCAUCCCCUGGCGUUGUUCGUCGAUCCUCAUCCGGGCCGAUCACGAGCGAUAA